CAUGGCCACGGCUCUCUCCUCCACGCCGGCCAGCGGGAGCCGCUCCCUCAGCCGUGUUGUCGCCGCCGCCGCCUCGCCGCUGAGCCCGACGCGGCUGAGCCGGCUGCAGGAGAAGGAGGAGCUGCGGCAGCUCAACGACCGCCUGGCCGCCUACAUCGAGCGGGUGCGGGCGCUGGAGGCCGACAAGUCGGUGCUGCAGCAGCGGCUAGCCGAGCAGGAGGCGGGCAGCGACCGGGAGCUGGGCAGCCUGAGGCUCCGCUACGAGACGGAGCUGGCCGACGCCCGCCGGGCGCUGGACGACAUCGCCAUGGAGCGGGCCACGCUGCAGGUGGAGCUGGGCAAGAUCAGCGAGGAGCACCGGCAGCUGCACAGCAGGAAUUCAAAAAAAGAAGCUGAUUUAAACCUGGCACAGGCUCGUAUGAGAGACCUUGAUGCUCAGCUGAAUGCAAAGGAAGCUGACUUAGCAACAGCUUUGAAUGAGAACCGAAGUUUGGAGAAUGACCUUCGUGAAUUAAAGGAUCAAGUAGUCACUCUGCAGCUGUCACUGGAAGACACGAAAAAGCAUCUCCACAGUGAAAUGUUGAGGAGGGUGGACCUGGAAAAUCAUAUGAAAACUUUGCAGGAACAAAUGACGUUCCAGAAGCGUCUUCAUGAAGAUGAGCUCAAGGAGACAAAAAGAGUCCAUGAGAGCAGGAUAGCAGAAAUAGAAGCUGGCCGUCAGAGAGAAUUUGAGAGUAAGCUCUCAGAUGCUCUGCAGGGGCUCAGAAAACAACAUGAAGAACAAAUUCAAGGAUACAAAGAGGAGCUGGAGCGAACAUUCAGUGCAAAAAUGGAGAAUGCCCAGCUAUCUGCAGCAAGACAAAGUGACUUUGCCAAUGCUGCUCGGGAGGAGCUGAUGGAAACAAAGCUGAGAGUUGAUACUCUGACAUCUCAAGUUAAUCAAUAUCAAAGCCAGAAUGUUGCUUUGGAGAACAGAAUAAGGGAGCUACAGGACACACUGGAUUAUGAUCGUGAUCUCCAUCGAAGGCGUAUGGCUGAAAAAGAGAAAGAAAUGGCACAAGCCCAGCAGCAGGCACAAGCACAGUUGGAAGAAUAUGAGCAUCUCCUAGAUGUGAAACUGGCUCUAGAUCUGGAAAUAAAUGCCUACAGAAAGAUGCUGGAAGGAGAGGAACAGAGGCUAAAGCUGUCACCCAGUCCAUCUUCACACAGCAUUGCAACUCAAGCAACAAGUCAAGGGCGGCGGUUCCUGCAUGGGAAGAAAAGGAAAAUGAAAGAAGCCAAAAAGAAAGGGCAUAGCGCUGGAUUUAAGACUGUUCAGCAUGCUUCAUCUUCUGGAAAUGUAUCUAUUGAAGAAAUCGAUGCAGAUGGGAAAUUUGUCAGGCUUAAAAACAACUCUGACGAGGAUCAGCCUCUACAUGGAUGGGUGUUAAGACGACAUCUUGGAAGCGUGUCAGAUGUAACAUACAAAUUUCCUUCACAGUUCACUCUUCAGGCAGGCCAAGUAGUAACAAUCUGGGGUGCAGCUGCUGGUGUAAGCCCAGGUCCUAGUGAUCUGGUCUGGAAGUCACAGAAGUCUUGGGGAACUGGGGAUAAUAUUGGUGUUACACUCAUCACAGAUGAUGGAGAGGAACUUGCAGAGAGGAAGAUAAUGCAUGUACCCAGAGGAGAAGAAAGUGGUGAGCAAGAUGAUGACUAUGAAGAAAUAACUGGAAGUGAAAUUGAGUUUCCAUCUCGGCAACUUUACAAUACAGUUGUGUGCCAUUUAUGCAAAAUGAGGAUCCUAGCUGUUCUAUCAUGUAAUGUGGACAGAGAUGAUCAUCUGAAAACACUUCUCAGUCCCAGGUGACAUAGACUAUGUAUGUGUUGAUCUCUUCUGCAAUAUCUGAAACUUGGAAUUCACAUCUCCCAUCUGACCUCUUUGUAAGAAACACUGUCCAUAACAUGAUGAAACUUCCUACCUUCUGAUACUGGACCCUCUCCUUGGAUUCACUGAUAUAAAGACCAGUAGAAUACAAGCUCCAUGUGAAGUUACUUUUACUGUAACAGAAGGAUCUGGUUUCUAUGACCUGCUGAAACAGAGAAGGGCACAGAGUUUACAAAGCUUCUAAACAUAUGCCCUAGAAGGAUGCUAAAUACUUGACAAUGAGCAUGAGGCUGCCUCAGCUUUCUCAAUAUUCUGAUAUGGUGUUUCUACAAAGGUAACUUCUGUUUCAAGCCUGAGCGGGGAACUACAUGGGCCAGAUCACACCCUAGCUUGUACCUUGAGCAAGUCUGAACUUGGCUGAAGUAAAACACUAUCCUGAACAGUGCUGAGUGUCUGCAAUGUUUCCUGCUCAGAUCCUGAUGCUGAAAUAUAUGAAACUGGUCUAGAGCACUUGCUAGAGAACUUUACCUAGAGUGAAACAUUUUAAAAUUAAAAGCAAGUUGUAAAAAUAUUCUUGUCUGUUAUUAAAUGUACUGUUUCCAUAUUCUAGCACCUGGAAAUCGACCAGUUUCAGUAUUGUAUAUUCCUAGAUACAGUAUAUCACAGCAUAGCUGUGUCAACCUUAACUUGGACAGCUGUAUCCUGUAAAUGUGAAAAAGCAUCUCAUUCCAACAGAAAAGGUACUGUAACUAGCAAUAUUAGCACUCUGUUUGAAUGGUCCCAACAAGCCAGCUUUCUAAGGGGCUAGGAAAAAAAAAAUGCUGAAACAGAAAUCAAAACUAGAAAGUACCAACUAUAGUAAAAGGUGCAUCAAAAAUACCUGCUCUUAGAGUCCUUAUGUACUAAACCUCCAUGCGGUCUGCAGUACUGAUGGGUGUAUGUCAGUGGGGCAGUUGGGGAAUGCUGUCUAGUGGCCAGUAUGUAAUUUACUGUAACUCUAAUAGGUCAGGCUUUACAUGGACUACAGAGCUAUAACGCUCAAACUAUGCAGCUGGCCUCUGGGGCUACUGCAUUCAAUUACUCUUAGCCUCUUUUUACUAAAAUGCUUACCUGCUGGCUCUAUGGUAAAGAAAGGGCCUUGAUGAGCCACAUAAAGUACACUUCUAUUUAAGAGCAUGAGGGGAGGGGAGCAGCUGCAAUUUCCAGCAUUUGGAGAAAUCUGCAUAGUUUUUUGAUUGCCUCUUACCUUGCCAAAGUAUUCAGUUCUGAAUUUUAAGACCUGUUCUGUGUUAGGAUGCAGUUGUUAAGGUGAGGCUUCCCUUACACUAGCUAAAACUCUCUUAAAUUAUUUAAAAAUUUUAGUUUUGAGACAUCAAGAGUAGAUGCUGGUUUAACACUUGCAUUUUAGCAGAUCUGAAUUCUGGUUGUACCUCAUGGCCCACAUAGAAAUAGAUGCUGCUAUAACCUUGCUAUAUUUAUCUUGAUUUCUUAAACUUUUUUAACUAUUAAAGAUAUUUUUCAUGUAUAUAAAAGUAGUCUUGGACUUUAAUAUUUGCAGGUUAAAUAAAGUUCUGUUUGUUCAUUGAUCUUAUUUGAAUGGCUCAAAAGACUGUGAAGUGAUAAAACUGGUGAGUUUAGGGAAGAUGCCCUGCAGACUGAAAAAACCUUCAGAAAGUGUGCUGCCCUGUUUGUAUUUAUCACUCAGUUCUUCAAAUAAAGCUAAACUGCUAUGAACUUGA